ACUAUGUCGGAGCCAUCAAGGGACACCCGUCAGAUUCCAUGCAGCAGCAAAGUCUGCCGCCGCCUCUUCGGCCCUGUGGACGAUGAGCAGGUGCGCCGAGACUGCGAUGCGCUGAUGGCCAGCUGCCUGCAAGAGGCUCGUGAGCGGUGGAACUUCGACUUUGUCACCGAAACACCGCUGGAAGGCAACUAUGCCUGGGAGCGGGUGCAGGACCUUGGCCUGCCGAAGUUCUACUUGCCCACAGGGCCUCGGGGGGCCCGUGAUGACCUGGGCGGAAGCAAGCGGCCCAGCACCUCAACUGUUUUACUUCAAGGAGUGACCCAGGGGGACCAUGUCGAUCUGUCACUGUCCUGCACCCUCAUGCCUCAUUCCGCUGAGCGCCCUGAAGUGUCCCCAGGUGGGCCAAGUGCCCCUCGGGGCCGGAAGCGGGGACAAACCAGCAUGACAGAUUUCUACCAUUCCAAACGCCGUCUUGUCUUCUGCAAGAGAAAGCCGUAA